AUGCAUGCGUUUUCACGCAGCUUAUUUAAAAUGGAAAUUAAAAAAGAAAUUCGACAUGUAACUAUAAAAACAUUUUCAAUUUUGUUAAACUGUAACUGUUUCGACACAGCCAUCAAAUUAUUUAAAACUAUUACAAUGAGAUACGGCGAUCCAAAUGCAGUUCAUUCCCAGGAUUGUAUUGAACCAUUCAUGCAAGUCAUUGAUGUUUUGCAGUUUGAUAUCGAUAAAUGUUUAAUUGAUGAUAUAAUUCUAAACGAUAAUGAUAAGAUCGAACUCGAUACAGUCGAUGAAUUAUUGCAUUCGUCUGAUUCUAUUAUUCACCAAUCACCUUUCAAUAUUGAAAUGAGAAAACAAGUAUCAAUAAUGAAUGAUAUUCUUGAUAAAUGUAAAAAAUCUGAAAAUAUAAGGCGCUCCAAAUUCGAAGUUACAGUGAUAUUUGCAACUUGGUCGUCUUAUACAUCACUAGACGCAAAAUUUCACGCUGAUCACGACUAUUACCUUUAA